AUGAGUUUGCCUUAUAGUGAUGUUGAGCCUCACUCCUUAAAAUCUUGUCUGAGCCCCUCAGAGGGACUCCCCAGAGUCUACUUUCACUUUGACCUUUCUAUACAGGUCACCAGAAAGGACUUGAUUCCAGAUAAUCUUAAACAGUUGACCUUGGAGAUCAUCAAUGUGAUCCCCUAUAAUGCCAUAAAAAUCUUUACGGACGGCAGCAGACUGAAUGACCAUGCUGGUAGUGGCAUCUACAUUGAGAAGCCAAGAGAUAAAUUGUCCAUCUCCUUCCGAAACCCUGAUUUCUCUUCCGUCUUCAAGAGCGAAUUAAUUGCAAUUGAACACAGCCUUGAAGCUAUUCGCAAUGAAAAUGACUUUGGGGACCUCUGGAUCUUUUCGGAUAGUCGCAGCUCCCUUCAACACAUCCACAAUUGGAUCACAGUCGGAGAUCAAACAAGUAUUUCCAUACUUAUCAAGUUCAGGCUUAUUUCAGACUCUCAUGAUGUUCAUUUUCAGUGGAUCCCUUUGCACGUUGACAUCCACGGCAAUGAGCGUGCAGAUAGCUUGGUCAAAGAGGGCUGCAGCCACUCUAGUUCUUCCUCUUCAGCCCUCAAAUUUUUCGAACAUUAA